AUGGCGAGCUCUCUUCCUCCUAAUGGUGCCGCCUCUCGCGCUCACGACAAGGCGAACGAGAUCUUGACGGACGACGCCGCAGCGAAAGCCAACACCACUGUGCACACCUUCGAUCCAGAUGCGACACCAGAGCAGAAGGCCAGUAGUGCUGGAAAGGCAGAAGUUGCCAUCGACACCGGAAGGACCGAUGUUAUACCCACCAUCACCAUCGAGGAUAUGGACAAGGAGGCCGAAGAAGGCAAGGAAGAGGACACCACUCCCUUUCCUGGCGCCAUGCCGUCGCGAGCCGUGGCCGCCAUUCCCGAUUGGUACAAAGUCGGGUGGCGCGCAUUUACCGACCUUGACAAGCCCGAUGAUCAGGACAAGAAAGAUGAACGCAUGCUGCAUGCCUUCAUCUCGGAGCAGUAUUACGGCGACUGGUACCACAAUGCUGGUAUCAUCAUCUUCGCCGUGUUUGCUUCACAUUUCCUUACACGUUUUCACUUUGGCUGGGGCUGGCUAUUGAUCAUACUCGCAAUCUGCAACCAAUACUACACCACUUCCAUUUCACGCGUCCGACGGCGUGCACGGGACGAUAUUCAACGCGAGCUUGUCAAGACGCGUCUUGCCUCGGAACACGAGUCCGCCGAAUGGCUAAACCACUUCCUCGAGCGUUUCUGGCUCAUUUACGAGCCUGUCCUCUCUUCGACCAUCGUGGCGUCCGUUGACCAAAUCCUUAGCACCAACUGUCCACCAUUCCUGGAAUCUCUUCGUCUCAGCAGCUUCACUCUGGGCAGCAAGGCGCCACGCAUCGACAAAGUGCGCACAUUCCCUAAGACGGCGGAAGAUAUCGUUAUGAUGGACUGGGGCUUCUCUUUCACUCCCAAUGAUGAUUCAGACAUGACUCCCCGUCAGCUGGCCACCAAGAGCAACCCAAAAAUUGUACUGACCAUUCGGGUCGGUAAGGGUGUCGCGUCCGCAGGCAUGCCCGUCUUGGUCGAGAACAUGACCUUCAGCGGUCUCAUGCGUAUCCGCAUGAAGCUUAUGACUAACUUUCCUCAUGUACAAGUCGUUGAUCUAUCUUUCCUCGAGAAACCUGUGAUCGACUAUGUCCUGAAACCUAUCGGUGGCGAGUCGUUUGGAUUCGAUGUUGCCAACAUUCCAGGCCUGUCUUCUUUCAUCCGCGACAUGGUCCAUUCUAUCCUCGGACCUAUGAUGUACGACCCCAACUGGUUCACACUCAAUUUGGAACAACUGCUUUCGGGCGCUCCUCUGGAUACCGCCAUCGGCGUAGUCAAAGUGACCAUUCAUUCCGCGCGCAGUAUCAAGGCUAGCAAAAUUGGAGGAGGAACGCCGGACCCUUACGUGAGUCUCAACAUCAACAACCGGCAAGAGCUCGCGAGGACGAAAUACAAGCGCAGCACCCAUAACCCCACAUGGAACGAGACCAAGUUCCUUCUCGUCACCAACCUUUCGGAGAACCUCUCUCUUGCUGUUUUCGAUUACAAUGAACACCGCAAGAAUACCGAGCUGGGGGCUGCUAUGUUCGAAUUAUCGAAACUCGAGGAAGACGCGACUCAAGAAGAUCUCGAAGCCCCUAUUCUAAAAGACGGCAAGACUCGGGGUGACCUUCGUUUCGAUGUAUCCUACUUCCCGGUGUUGAAGCCUGUCACUAAUGAGUCCGGCGUUGAAGCGCUGCCUGAUUCUAAUGUGGGGAUAGUUCGCCUGGUUCUGCAUCAAGCGAAGGACCUAGAUACCACGAAAUCACAUUCUGCCGACAUGAACCCAUUCGCAAAAGUCUUCCUCGGAAGCUCAAACUCGCCGGUCCAUUCGACGCAGAAGGUGAAGCACACCGUCCAGCCCGUCUGGGAGUCCGCUACCGAGUUCUUGUGCACGGACCGCACGUCGUCCGUCAUUACCGUCAAGAUCAUCGACGACCGCGAUUUCCUCAAGGACCCCGUCGUCGGCUACACCUCUAUCCGUCUGGAAGAUCUACUCGCCACGCGCACCGAAGCAGGCAGGGACUGGUGGAGAUUGAGCGGUUGCAAGAGUGGCCGGCUGCGCUUGAGCGCGGAAUGGAAGCCGCUGAACAUGGCAGGAGGCUUGCAUGGCGCGGAUCAAUACACACCCCCUAUCGGCGUCGUCCGGCUCUGGCUGCAGAAGGCGACGGACGUCAAGAAUGUCGAGGCUGCGCUCGGCGGAAAGAGCGACCCAUAUGUACGCGUCCUCGUCAAUAACACGAUUCAAGCUAGGACCGAGGUCGUCAAUAACAAUCUCAGCCCCGUAUGGGAUCAAAUCAUCUAUACUCCUGUUCACUCACUGCGAGAGACAAUGUUAUUGGAGGUUAUGGAUUACCAACACUUGACAAAAGAUCGAUCGCUUGGCACUGUCGAACUCAAGGUUGCCGAUCUGGCACAGGAGUCCGAUGACCCUCGAUUCCACUAUUCAUCGUUGGGAAAGAAGGAGGUUGUGGAUCCAAUCCGUCUCGAUCGCGGUAACUCCUACAAGGGACAGCUGCACUACGUCGCCGAGUUCGUGCCCGCCAUCGCUCUCAAGGGUGUCAAGUUUGAUACGUCUCCGAAUGAGCUGCAAACCGCGAUUGAGGGCGGCGGCGGCGAAGAGGAUGGUGAAGUCGUGUCGGAUGCUGCUUCGUCGAUCUCAAGCUCGAGCGAGGAGGCUCAGGCCGUGCCACACGGCGUCACUGCGAGGGCACCCAUGGGUGACAGGAGUCACACGAAGGGCGCAUCGUCCACGGACACCACUGGUACGAAGGAGACAACCAAGUCGACCGAGCCGCAGAGCCCUAUCGUGUCUUCGUCGAGCGAGCCUGAGGACAAGGGCGUAGAAAUGAGCAGGGAGGAGCUGCUUCGGCAACAAUCUGGCAUCAUCAUCUUCAACGUCAAGUCUGGUGAGCUGACGAAGAAGGCACGUCUGGAGGUUCUUCUGGACGAGGGCUACUGGCCAGCCUUCAGCACGGCGAAGGCACACGGCCAUCGCGCGGCUUGGGAACAUGUCGGUGAAGGGUUCCUCAAGGAGCUCGAUUUUGGUCGUGUGUGGUUGAGGUUGAACGAGGCUGAUGAAGGGGAGAAGGACGACAUUGUCGGCGAGUGGAAGGGCGAUGCGAAAGCAUUCUUGGGACAGACUCUCGAUGAGCCGGCUAAAUUCGCCCUCUUGGAUGAAGACGAGAAGGUUGUGGCCACCGUCGAAAUUGAAGCACGCUAUGUUCCCGUUCCUGUAACCCUGGAAGCUCGGGAAAGUGUCAACAAUCAAGGUCUUUUGCGUGUGGGCUUGCUCGAUGGACAUGGCAUUCGCGGCGUCGACAGAGGAGGCAAAUCCGACCCCUUCGCCGUAUUCACCCUCAACGGCCAACGGGUCUUUAAAUCCCAAACCAAGAAGAAGACACUCACACCCGAAUGGUUUGAAGACUUUGUCGUGUCUGUGCCCUCGCGUGUCGGCGCAGACUUCCGGGUGGAGGUGUUUGACUGGAAUCAAAUUGAGCAAGCAAAAUCUUUGGGCUCAGCGUCAAUUGCCCUUGACGACCUCGAUCCCUUUUCUGGCGUCGAGCGCACUGUGCAAUUAUCGCACGAAAAGCACGGCGACAAGGGCGAACUGCGGAUGUCGCUCCUAUUCCAACCGGAAAUCAUCGCCAAGUCGCGCAAGAACACGUCGACUUUUUCUGCUGCUGGGCGCGCGAUGACACAGAUCGGCUCAAUCCCAGUGGGCGCAGGCAAGGGCGUGUUCCAUGGAGUGACCGGGAUCUUCAAGCACGACAAGGACGGCGACCUCGAGAACGGCGUUGUGUCUGGAUCUCCUAAAGCCACAUUGAACCAGGAUCUUCCCGGCUCGCAGAUGUCGCAGCCGGUUGGUGCGUCGGAACACAUGGGCGGCGAUGGUGCCGUCUUCCCUGCUAUAGGCAAGCCGGACUCUGUUAAGGCCGAACCUGGGACGCUGAGAGUCACAGUCUUGAACGCGAAGGAUUUGUUGGCGGGAGGCGACAGUGUGAAGCCAUACGCUGUGAUCAAGGUCGGAGACAAGGAGCAGAAGACGAAGCACGCGGGAAAGACACUGGCUCCUGAGUGGAAUGAGUCCCUUAUAUUUGCUGCUGGCCCUUUCACGCCCAAGCUCUAUGCAUACAUCCAUGAUCACAAGACGCUUGGGAAAGACAAGCUCUUGGGUGAGGCAGAAGUCGACAUCUGGCGGCAUAUACAACCCGUCGGGACUUCCGCUGCCGAUGUGUUUGUCGAAUUGCGGGAAGGUCAAGGCCUCCUCCGACUACGGCUGGAGUUCGACGCAGACAGCAGCAUUCCUACCGGCCCAUAAGGGGACGCAGACCCGGUUCGGACAGGGAUGAUUGAUUAUUGGAUUAGCGACUCUGCGCCCCUCAUUUCUCCCUUCUAUUUUAGUCGUACGCCACCACAAUCUCUUUUUGAGAUCGAUUUCUCUUUGAAUAUAAAAUAUGGUAGGACCGAGCAGUGACGCCUGCGAAGGGCGUCGCCGUAAUGGGGUUUGUCCAUAAUUUUCGGCGAUGUUCUUGUUUACCUCUUUUUCGGCCAUGUCAUAGCCUCUGUCCUCGGACUUCUAGCUGUAUUUCUCUGCAUUUUCGUUCUUUGUACUAACAAUAUAUAUAAUCCCAUUUUACUGUUAGCGGCUCACUCG